UACAAAGACACAAUCGUCCCUCAGUUGAGUCGGAUGCUCAAGCUGAUGGUUUGCAAACGAACCACAUUCAAUAAUUUUACACAAGGCUUUAGUGAAAUACAAAAAUCCAAAUUUAAUACAUGUAUUACUCAUGAUGUACAGGUAACUAUAUGAGCACUUGCCGGAAUGACAGCGGGGGUCUGCGCAUCCUUUGGGUCUUAGGAAGAUUUUCAAAUCAUAGUGAUUUUGUUGACAUCAUUGGCUGCACCCAUCUGGAAUAAUGUCCCGUUCCUCUAUCGACAUCUUGGAUGAGUUGCAGCUCAUUACAGCCCAGAACCUGGACAAGGUGGACAUCAAUAAAUACUAUGAGGUCAUCAGAGAGCUUGGGAAAGGCACUUACGGGAAGGUGGACCUUGUUGUCCACAAGAUCAGAGGAACAAAAAUGGCCCUAAAAUUCUUGCGAAAGAAAACCACAAAGCUGAAGAGUUUUCUUCGGGAGUACAGCAUCUCACUUUACCUGUCACCCUGCCCUUUUAUCAUCAACAUGUUUGGCAUCUUCUUUGAAACUGAUGAAUAUUACAUCUUCGCUCAAGAAUACGCACUGGCAGGUGAUCUCUUCGACAUCAUUCCUCCCCAGGUCGGACUGCCUGAGAGUGUGGCCAAACGCUGUGUGCACCAGGUGGCAAUCGCAUUGGAUUUCUUGCAUUGCAAGAAACUGGUACACCGAGACAUAAAGCCGGAGAACAUCCUCAUUUUUGACAAGGAGUGCCGGAAGGUGAAACUGUCGGACUUCGGCAUGACUCGCCGUGCUGGUUCUCCGGUGAAGCGGGUGAGUGGAACCAUCCCGUACACGGCACCGGAACUGUGCGACUCCGGCCGACAGGAGGGCUUAUGUGUAGAUUACAGCACUGAUGUCUGGGCCUUCGGUGUGCUACUCUUCUGCAUGCUCACCGGAAACUUCCCCUGGGAAAAGGCUCUGCCGUCUGAUGGCUUUUAUGACGAGUUUGUGCGCUGGCAGCACAGGCGGAGACAAUCGGGCACCGUGCCAUCACAGUGGCGGCGGUUCACGGACGAGGCACUCCGCAUGUUCCGGCACCUUCUAUCUAUUGAGCAGGAUCAGCGAUGCUCUGUUAAGGAGGUCUUUAGCUACUUUAACCACAGUUGGAUGCUCGAUACGGAGAACGGAAACACGACCCACCCCUCCAGCAGUAACUGCAACAGCGGCACAGUAAUGAACGGGCAUCAGGCUGAGCUCAGCUCCUCUUCCUCAGAAGAAGAUGAGCUGGUGGAUCGUUUGAACCAGCAGAGCUUGUCGCCAGUGUGUGGGGUAGCUAAAGGCGGUAUCGUCAUGGAGCCGGUGACAGCGCACUACUCUUCAACUUCUACAAACAGCCCUCCUUCCUCCACCGGCGGUUAUGAGCGUGUUUCCCGAGACAACAAUGGCAACAGUGGUCGCAUCCUGCUGGCGACGCCAAUUGAAAUAUGCGUGUAGAGGUCAUUUUGCAUCAAUCUGCCUUGAGCGUAUACUUGGUCUUGUAAGGACAGUAAAGUCUCAAGUCCUUAAGGAACAAAUGGUAUGGCUGAUGUUCGAUACAAGUGCCAGACUAGAAUCCCAAAAAGUGGAAGCUGUUCCUUAUGAUUGGUGUGUCAGAAGGAACGUGUAGGACAAUCACUGAGGUCUGCUGAUUGUGUCUCGACUACGUUUUUCUACACACAAUCAAUCAAAAAUUAAGAAAGUUCACUAUGGAAACUUUAAAAUAAUAUAAAAGCAACGUCUUUGGUUCAAACAAUAUGUUAAAGGUUAUUGAAGGUUUUUCCAAGAAAUUAUUAAGAAGGGAUCUUGUGAGGAAUUGUUGAACAGAUGUCGGGGAAAAACAGAGAACACUUUAUUUUACAAAAACACAAAAACCCACGAGGGGGUACAAAACAUGAAACACUGACAGAUAACACUAAACUUUGACUUUGACUCUGACUUGGAUAACUAGACACGAACACGAGGAACACAACACAAUGAACCUGCACAGAACUAAAGAUACACUGACAUUAAAUAGAAGAAACCAAACAAGAUAACGAGCGGGAACAGGUGAUGGGAGAAAACCAAUGAUUACUAAUAAGCAGGAGAACGAGGGGGCGGGGUCACAAGACAAGACACCGGAGGCACAUGCCACACAAAAACAAGGCAUGAACUUCCACACAAGGCCUGGGACUGCCAGAACUCUGCCACCAUGACACAAUACAAAUAUAACAUAAGACUUCAAGGCAGAGUCCUGACAGAUCUACUUUUUUUCUAAUUUAGCAUUGGGUGAACUGUGUUGUUGUUUUUUGCUUUUGUAUCCCUGUGGUAAGUGGAUAUCACUUUGGAAGUGUGUGGUAUAUUUAUUUUGGUCCUGUACUCCUGAACUUUUCUUUAUUUAUUUAAUACCGUAGCACUGCAGAGUUGUAAUAAAUUUGCUGAAAUGUCUAAAUGUACUGAUAAGUACAACAAAACACCACUUAUUCCUGAAGACUGUUAGUAUGUUUUGAAUGACCGAUGCAUAUCCCUCUUAGGAAGUGUAUAUGCAGUACAUCUGUGUCUUAUAUAGACAAAAGACAAAGGCUUUUAGCAAGGCGGUGGUUGUAGCGGUAUGAGUAUCAUUAAAUGAUGAUGGCUCCCAGAAGCACAGUUCGAAAACCAUUCAAUCUUUGGGUGUGGAUAGAUUGAUAAAACUGUAAGACAAAGCAUUUCUUGUUUUGUGCAUUUCUUGUUUUUUUGUCUAAUCAUCAUUGAUACCUUAAAAGCACAUUUGCUUAUUGCUUAGUGCUGAGACCACUAGGGGAAUUUUUCUUCAUCACAAAUUAUAUUAUAUUAUCAGCAAGAAUAACAUUGACCUUGAAUGAAAACCUUUUUGGAAUUUCUUUGUAUGUUGUAUUUUCUUUUUAUUUAACGUGGCCCCCCAUCAUAACUUUCCAGAAAAACUAUAUAUUGUUUUAUAUCGUGGUCAAUCACCUUUUAUAUUAUAUUUAUUGGAUUAAAUGAAAAACAUCUGGAUUAUUUAAUGUGGUCUCUGACUUUUGGGAUGUACAGUACAUAGCUGAAAUGUCCUACAGUGUGUGUUCAUUGUAAUAUAUACUGUAGACAUGAACCUACUUUAAUCCAAAACUUAAAAUACGGUUUUCUCCAGAUGAUGCACUCUUUAACUGAUGUCUCAGUGAUGUGCUUAGUGAUGUUAAGGGAUUUCUCAGGUAUACGGUACCAUUCACUGUGUAAUGUUAACUGUUAACAUGACAAUUGAUCAUAUUCUCUUUCUUAAUACAAAUUUCUGGUCUUACUACACAUAAUUCAUCAAUGGCUUGGUUAUAUUAGAGAAAAUGAAAGCCUCAUCUUUGCCUUUUGGCUGCUAUAACCAAGCACAUGGUAAGUUCCCAAUCAAGUAUUUCCCAACCUGUUUCACUACAAAUACAUAAUAUUACUAAAGUAAAAUGCUUUGGGAGCACUAUUUUAUGUGGCUUCACUGGACCAGAUGAUAACUUUCUCCAGUAUAUCUGCACAAGAAUUCUUUAUGUGGGGCUUUAAUUACAUUCACAUUUGGUUAUCAGCUGUUAAACCUUGACUAGUUUAUAUUUAGAUGCCAAUCAAGUAGGACGUGUCACCCCGUUCUUAUCAAAUCUUGCACAAUUUCAUUUAGGAUGUGUAUUCAUGUGUAUUAUGAGAUUUGUUCAAUUUAAUACUCUUGUUUAAAAGAACGUAGCAAAAUUUUUUUUAAGCCAAAAAAGUUGCGCAUCUGAUGUUUUGCUUGGAUCUAACAGAAGACUUGGGUCAAAGCAGAUGGGAUCAAUGCUACUUUUUAAGGGUUGUUGCAAUUAUUGUGAAGUAAACUUUGAAGUAGUGCAAGACUGCAAGUUUGUAUAAUCUGAUAUUAUUUUCAAUGUAUUCAAAAAGGAAAAUGUGCAAAUAAACAGUAAAUUUUUGUAAUGCUUCAUCUGCUGAACAUGGAGCUGAUGUUGCAGACAAACAGUACAUAAUGUAUCUUAAGUCUACAGUUUCUUUGUGCUGAUUAAUGUGCGGAAUAGAUGAGAAAGCGUGGUUCUGUUCACAUCACACCAAGAGACAUUUUAACACUGCAAAAAUGAAGAAAAGAAGAUAAAAAAUCUUUCUUCAAGGGGACAUAGCAAAACAAAAAAAUUGCAUGAAUUGAUAUUGCUCUGGAGAAAUAUUGUACAUAAUAAAGUUUUGAAUGA